UAUCAAAAUUCAUUCGCUUUCACCUCUUUACUCUAUUAUAUACCCUUCCCCGCCCCUCACUCUCUAGGGUUUCUCUCUAUUCUCUUCUCUUUCUCUCUUUUGCACAAAAUUCUCACUUCAAUCCCAUCAUUUCUUCAAUCCACCAUUCGUAAUUCCCUGAUCCUUCACUCAAUUUCGCCGAUUUCUAGACUUCUUUUUUGGUCUGUCUGAAUCUAGGGUUUUGAUCUGGUGCGGUGAGAUGCAGGUGGGAAUCGGAUCGGGAACCGUCUGAUCGCUUCGCUCGUGGUUUCGAGCGAGCGAAGCCGUUCCGAUUUUGGAGUGGUUUUUGUAUGGAAACUCGGAGCCGGAAGCGGGCGGAGGCCUCCUCAACUGCCCCUUCGAUUUCGUCAUCUUCUUCUGGGCCUACCACUCGUUCUCACGCCAAUAAACGACCUCGUGUAGCUCCCACUACCUCGACGACGACGACAACAACAACCGCCCCUGCCUCAUCGUCUUCUGCCACCACGCGCUCACGUCACUCACGCGCUCUCCCCAUGGACCCCACCUCUGAAUCCUCCGGUUCUCGCCACACUCGCCGCGCCAAAAUCUCCUCAUCCAACGCCGACAAUUCCGCCGACAAAGGUAAAGAAAAAGAACACAAUAAUAAUAACAGCAAUAACAAUAAUAACAAUUCGGAUUUGGCCAACACGGGUCGGGCACUUGGUUUGAAUAUGGAUACGGGUAUGGACGACGAUGACAAUGACAGCGAGGGUGGAGUUGGAAUUUUGCAUCAAAAUCUGACCUCAGCUAGCAGUGCCUUGCAAGGACUGUUGAGGAAGCUCGGAGCUGGAUUGGAUGAUCUUUUGCCGUCAUCAGCCAUGGGGUCGGCGUCGUCAUCCCAUCAGAGCGGUAGAUUGAAGAAGAUUUUAUCGGGGCUGAGGGCGGACGGCGAGGAGGGGAAGCAAGUGGAAGCGUUAACGCAACUUUGCGAGAUGUUGUCUAUUGGAACGGAGGAGAGUUUGAGUACUUUCUCAGUGGAUUCAUUUGUGCCGGUGCUGGUUGGGUUGCUGAAUCAUGAGAGUAAUCCUGAUAUUAUGUUGCUUGCGGCUAGGGCUCUUACACAUUUGUGUGAUGUAUUGCCAUCUUCUUGUGCCGCUGUCGUGCAUUAUGGGGCGGUUACGUGUUUCGUAGCUCGGUUGCUAACAAUUGAGUACAUGGACUUGGCUGAACAGUCUCUGCAAGCUUUAAAGAAGAUAUCGCAGGAGCACCCAACUGCCUGUUUGAGAGCAGGUGCUCUAAUGGCGGUUCUUUCGUACCUGGAUUUCUUCUCCACAGGAGUUCAGAGGGUAGCAUUGUCCACUGCUGCAAAUAUGUGCAAGAAACUCCCUUCUGAUGCUGCUGACUUUGUGAUGGAAGCUGUUCCCCUGUUGACAAACCUUCUUCAGUACCAUGAUUCAAAGGUGUUGGAACAUGCUUCUGUUUGUUUAACUCGAAUUGCUGAAGCAUUCGCGUCAUCUCCGGACAAGUUAGAUGAACUAUGUAAUCAUGGACUGGUUACACAAGCUGCCUCUCUCAUUUCAACCAGUAAUUCUGGAGGUGGGCAGGCAUCUCUUAGCACACCGACCUAUACGGGUUUAAUCCGAUUGCUGUCCACUUGUGCUAGUGGAUCGCCUCUUUGUGCCAAAACUUUGCUCCUCCUUGGGAUCAGUGGAAUUCUGAAAGAUAUACUAUCAGGGUCUGGUGUUUCUGCUAAUACAUCUGUUCCACCCGCUUUGAGUAGACCAUCAGAUCAGAUUUUCGAGAUAGUCAACCUGGCAAAUGAGCUCCUCCCCCCGUUGCCACCAGGAACUAUUACCCUCCCAGCCAGCUCCAAUAUAUUUAUGAAAGGUCCUGUGGUGAGGAAGUCUCCCGCCAGUAGUUCUGGGAAACAGGAUGAUACAAAUGUAAGUGCUCCUGAGGUUUCUGCUCGAGAGAAAUUACUAAAUGAUCAGCCUGAACUUCUGCAGCAGUUCGGAAUGGAUCUUCUUCCUGUUCUAAUACAGAUCUAUGGUUCCAGUGUUAACAGUCCGGUUCGCCACAAAUGUCUUUCUGUUAUUGGGAAAUUGAUGUUCUUCAGCAGUGCGGAGAUGAUUCAGUCUCUGUUAAGUGUGACAAACGUAUCAAGCUUUUUAGCUGGUGUUUUGGCAUGGAAAGAUCCACAUGUCUUGGUUCCUGCCCUCCAAAUUGCUGAGAUUCUUAUGGAAAAGCUUCCUGGUACAUUCUCCAAGAUGUUUGUCAGAGAAGGUGUGGUUCAUGCUGUAGAUCAACUUAUUUUAGUUGGUAAUCCAAAUACUGUUCCUGCCCAAGCAUCUCCUGGUGAUAAGGACAAUGAUUCUGUAUCUGGUACAUCAUCACGUUCUAGGCGUUAUAGACGACGCGGUGGUAACUCAAAUCCUGAAGGAAAUUAUUCAGAAGAAUCAAAGAAUACUGUCUCACUAAAUGUUGGUUCACCCCCAAGUUCAGUAGAAAUUCCGACGGUGAAUUCUAAUCUCCGAACUGCAGUCAGUGCAAGUGCUAAAGCAUUCAAGGACAAGUACUUUCCUGCAGAUCCUGGUGCUGCUGAAGCUGGAGUUACAGAUCAUCUUUUACAUCUGAAGAAUCUUUGUUUGAAGUUGAAUGUUGGUGUUGAUGACCAAAGGACUAAAGCAAAGGGAAAAUCUAAAGCAUCUGGGUCCCGCAUAGCUGAUAUAUCUGCGAGUAAGGAAGAGUUUUUGAUUGGGGUGAUAUCUGAGAUGUUAACUGAACUGAGCAAAGGGGACGGUGUAUCCACUUUUGAGUUUAUUGGCAGUGGUGUUGUUGCAGCUUUGUUGAAUUAUUUUUCUUGUGGUUAUUUCUCUAAGGAAAGAAUUUCAGAAGCCAAUUUGCUCAAGCUUCGCCAACAAGCUCUUAAAAGAUUUAAGUCAUUUCUUUCUGUUUCACUCCCAUCUAGUGUGGAUGCGGGAAGUGUGGCUCCUUUGACUGUCUUAGUUCAGAAGCUCCAAAACGCUUUGUCCUCACUAGAGCGUUUUCCUGUUGUGCUGAGCCAUUCAUCUAGGUCAUCUGGUGGAAGUGCUCGUCUCUCUUCUGGACUGAGUGCAUUAUCUCAGCCUUUUAAGUUGCGCCUCUGUCGAGCUCAAGGAGAAAAAUCUCUCCGUGAUUAUUCUUCUAAUGUUGUACUGAUUGAUCCAUUAGCAAGUUUAGCAGCUGUUGAAGAAUUUCUUUGGCCUCGAGUUCAGCGAGGUGAAUCUGGCCAAAAGCCUACGGCAUCUGUAGGGAAUUCAGAGUCUGGGACCACACCUACUGGAGCUGGUGCUUCGUCCCCUUCUACCUCAGCUCCUGCAGCUCGUCGUCAUUCUUCAAGAUCCAGAUUAUCUGUUAAUAUCGGAGAUGCUGCUAAAAAAGAACCUUCCCAAGAGAAGGGCUCAAGCUCAUCAAAGGGGAAGGGUAAAGCUGUUUUGAAGUCUGCUCAGGAGGAGGCAAGAGGACCUCAAACAAGAAAUGCUGCUCGCAGAAGAGCGGCUCUAGACAAAGAUGCACAAUUGAAGCAAGUGAAUGCAGAUACAAGUUCUGAGGAUGAGGAAUUGGAUAUAUCUCCAGUGGAGAUUGAUGAUGCAUUGGUGAUUGAAGAUGAGGAUAUCUCUGAUGAUGAUGAUGACGAUCAUGAAGAUGUGCUGAAAGAUGAUUCUCUUCCUCUUUGCAUGCCUGAUAAAGUACAUGACGUAAAAUUGGGUGAUUUGGCUGAGGAUAGUGCCAUUGCUUCAGCAGCUAGUGAUAGUCAGACUAACCCAGCUUCUGGAUCUAGUAGUAGAGCUGCUACAAUCAGGGGUUCUGAUUCUGCUGACUUUAGGAGUGGCAAUUCUUACGGUUCAAGGGGUGCAAUGUCGUUUGCUGCUGCUGCUAUGGCUGGGCUUGGUUCUGCUAAUGGCAGAGGUGUAAGGGGAGGCAGAGAUCGACAUGGACGUCCUCUGUUUGGCAGUUCCAAUGAGCCUCCAAAGUUGAUAUUCACUGCUGGUGGUAAACAGCUUAACAGGCAUUUGACUAUUUAUCAGGCCAUUCAACGUCAGCUUGUUCUGGAUGAGGAUGAUGAUGAGAGGUAUGGUGGCAGUGACUUCAUAUCAAGUGAUGGAAGCAGACUGUGGAGUGAUAUUUACACUAUGACAUACCAGAGAGCAGACAGCCAAGCUGAUAGGAUGUCCAUUGGAGGAUCAAGUUCUACCGGUCCAUCAAAAUCUACAAAAUCUGGUUCUGCUUCCAAUUCCAACUCUGAUGCCCAAUCCCAUCGUAUGUCACUUUUAGACAGCAUCUUGCAAGGGGAACUUCCUUGUGAUUUGGAGAAAUCUAAUCCUACAUAUAAUAUACUGGCAUUGUUGCGUGUACUAGAGGGUUUGAACCAGCUUGCACCUCGUUUGAGAGCCCAGAUGGUUUCUGAUAGUUAUGCUGAGGGGAAAAUAUCGAGUCUAGAUGAACAGAGUGCAACUGGUGCUAGGGUACCUUCAGAGGAUUUUGUAAACAGUAAACUCACUCCUAAAUUAGCUCGACAAAUUCAAGACGCCCUUGCUUUGUGCAGUGGUAGUCUUCCCUCGUGGUGUUAUCAGUUGACAAAAGCAUGCCCGUUCUUGUUUCCGUUUGAGAUCCGGCGUCAGUACUUCUAUUCAACUGCUUUUGGGUUAUCUCGUGCUUUAUAUCGUCUUCAGCAGCAGCAGGGUGCUGAUGGUCAUGGAUCAGUAAAUGAAAGAGAGGUGAGAGUUGGGAGAUUAGAACGCCAGAAAGUUCGUGUCUCUCGGAAUCGUAUUUUGGAUUCUGCUGCAAAAGUAAUGGAGAUGUAUUCGAGCCAAAAGGCUGUCCUUGAAGUAGAAUAUUUUGGGGAAGUUGGCACAGGUUUGGGUCCCACCCUUGAGUUUUAUACACUUCUAAGUCGUGAUCUCCAGAAAGUUGGACUUGGAAUGUGGAGGUCAAAUUCUUCAUCAGAGAAACCAUCUAUGGAAAUUGAUGGGGGGGAAGACAAAAAUGGCAAAUCCAAUAAUGUAACAGGAGAUCUAGUUCAAGCUCCACUAGGGUUGUUCCCUCGACCUUGGCCUCCAAAUGUUGAUACUUCUGAAGGUAGCCAGUUUUCUAAAGUCAUUGAGUACUUCCGGUUGGUUGGGCGUGUGACGGCUAAAGCUCUUCAAGAUGGGAGGCUUUUAGAUCUGCCAUUGUCAACAGCAUUUUAUAAACUUGUGCUUGGUCAAGACCUUGAUUUGCAUGAUAUUCUUUCUUUUGAUUCUGAGUUUGGGAAGAUUUUGCAAGAGUUGCAUGUCAUUGUUUGUCGGAAACAAUAUUUAGAAUCAGCAAGUUGUGAUAAUCGUGAUGCAAUUUCUGACUUACGAUUCCGUGGGACCCCAAUUGAGGAUCUCUACUUGGAUUUUACUGUUCCUGGGUAUCCAGACUACAUUUUGAAACCAGUUGAUGAAAACGUUGACAUCAAUAACUUAGAGGAGUACAUAUCCCUCGUAGUUGAUGCAACUGUGAAGACUGGAAUUAUGCGGCAAAUGGAAGCAUUUAGAGCAGGCUUCAAUCAGGUUUUUGACAUCUCAUCACUGCAAAUAUUUACGCCUCAUGAGUUGGACCAUCUGCUUUGUGGCCGUAGAGAGUUGUGGGAGGCUGAUACGCUUGUUGAGCAUAUAAAAUUCGAUCAUGGGUACACUGCCAAGAGCACUGCAAUUGUUAACUUACUAGAGAUCAUGGGGGAGUUCACACCGGAUCAGCAGCGGGCCUUCUGUCAGUUUGUUACUGGUGCACCUAGGCUUCCACCAGGUGGCCUGGCGGUGCUUAAUCCAAAGCUGACAAUAGUGAGAAAGCAUUCGUCAACUGCAAGUAAUGCAGUGACUAAUGGAACUGGGGCAUUGGAAUCAGCAGAUGAGGAUUUGCCAAGUGUGAUGACAUGUGCUAAUUACCUGAAGCUUCCUCCGUACUCUACCAAGGAAAUUAUGUACAAGAAACUGCUAUAUGCAAUCAGUGAAGGGCAGGGAUCUUUUGAUUUAUCAUGAGUUGUUGAAACUAACCAAUCGAGCUUUUGUAUAUUAUAAACAUCAGAACAAUGUCAGGGUCAAUUUUCUUCCCUGGGGAUUAUUCAUCUUCAAAAGUAGAAAUCCUAUUUGGUCAAAUAAUGGCUUCUUUUCACUGCCCUUAUAAUAUGUUUGCAUCAUUGACAAGGUGAGACCUCAGGCUGCCACAUUGUGAGGGGAGCUUUGAAGAGGGAGGAAUCCUCAGUUGUAGAGCCCUUGUUUUUUUUGCUGCUAGGCUUAUUGUACAUAAAUAGGAAAUUAGAAUUCAUUUUUCCUAUUCGACAACUUAAUUGGGUGGUAGAAUAUAUAUACAUGUAUGGGAUCAAUUGAAAGGGAAAAAUAAAUGAUUGAAAUGUUGUUAUUCCUUGUUUAAGUUGAUAUUCUUUUUUUAUUUCAUUUUA